AUGGUAAUUGAUGGAGCUGCUUUUCGUUUUAUCAAGGAAAACCUGGGAAGGAGGCUUCUGUUGGUUCUUAGAAGAAGGCUAUCUGGCGUGGGUGCUGAGGCAAAAAUGUCUUUGUCAUCAGAUAUCAGAGUAAGCUGUGGGAAGUUGAGAGCCAUUAUCAACUGCAAGCUUGUGGAGCGGAAUGGUAACACAGUGAUAUUGUCUUCUCAGACAGCGAAGUGUGACACCAUCAACUACAGGCAAACAGUAGAAUGCACCGUUAAUUUAUAUUGUUAUGGACAGGGUAUCUUUAGUUUUAGUUCCUAUGAGAAUGGGUUGACUGAAGCUGCUUAUGAUAUUAUGGGUCCGUUGCUUAAAAGUGUUAUCUAG